AUGGCCGGAUCUCUGCCUGAUGAAGAAUCCCAAGCGAGCGCACGAAAUCCGCAGCCUGAUGCUACCGAAACGACGCCGCUCCUGAACCCAUCAACGUCCGAUCAGACUCUUCAAGAUGGCAGUCCCGCGACCGACUCCCAUCAAGCCCGCAACGAGGAAAUCACCGUCGUCGCCGAAGAAGUCUCCAACAGCAAAUUGAUCUUGAUCCUAUGUACAGCCUGGCUAGGGAUCUUCCUCGGAGCCCUCGACUCCACCGUCAUCGCCACCCUCUCCGCUCCCAUCUCAAGCGAAUUCCACUCGCUGAGCUUACUCUCAUGGCUCGCGACAGCCUACCUCAUCGCCACCGCCGCCUGCCAGCCCAUCGCGGGUCGCUUGACCGACAUCUUCGGCCGCCGCCUCGGGCUGGCUUUGGGAAAUCUCCUUUUCGCCAUAGGUAAUUUACUAUGUGGCCUGGCGACCGAUCCCUUCACCAUCAUCCUCGGCCGAGUGAUAGCCGGGAUCGGAGGCGGAGGGAUGAUCAGCAUCGCCACCUUCCUCACCUCGGACCUCACGCCGCUCCGCAAGCGAGGCAUCAUGCAAGGCGUGGGGAAUCUAUGGUACGGCGCAGGAGCCAUGCUCGGGGCCGUCGUCGGCGGCUUGUUGAACGACCACACCGAGAUGGGGUGGAGGCUGGCGUUUCUGACGCAAGUGCCGCCCGCGUUGCUCCUGGUGCCCGCGGUGUGGUUCAUGGUCGACGUGCCGCCGAAGAUUUCCGAUAAAUCCUACCUCGCGCGCAUCGACUUUCUCGGGGUGUUCCUGACCGUUUCGUUCUUGGUCUCGCUGCUCCUGGGCUUGAGCACCGGCGGCACGAUCGUUCCGUGGACCCAUCCUCUGCCGAUGACGACCCUGCCGCUGUCGGCCGUCUUGUUCGCCGCAUUCCUCUGGUGGGAGAGCCGAGCCGAGCAACCCAUCAUCCCGGUCCGCCUUCUCCGCGACCGGACCAUCCUCGCGGCAUGUCUCGCGAGCUUCCUCAUCUCGAUGGUGCUUCUGACCGCGACCUUCUACAUCCCCCUCUACCUCCAAGUCCUGGGCGAUUCCUCCUCCACCGUCGGGUUGAAAUUCCUCCCUUCGCCACUGGGCGGAUGGUUCGGUGCGCUCGCCACGGGCUUUGGGAUGGCGUGGACGGGGAGAUACAAGGUCUUCGGAUUGCUGGGGGGCGCGACGCUGACCGCCGGGACCGCCAUGUUCAUCCUGCAGGGCGAGAGCAGCCCCGUCUACCUCACGUGCCUGGGGCUCUUCUUCGUCGGCGGGGGGUGGAGCUCGGUGCUCGCGACCGCGACCGUCGCCUGCCUCGCCGCGGCGAAACAUUCCCAACAAGCCCUGGUGACAUCGGCCAUGUUCCUGAGCAGAAGCGUCGGCGGCACGGUGGGCAUCACCCUCGCCUCGACGAUCUACCAAGCCACACUCCGCAGACGCCUCUCCGAGCGCUUCGGAGACGAACCCCACGCACCCGACGAGAUCCGGCGCAUCGUCAACGGCCUGGACGAACUGAAGCAUCUCCCGGCCGGCUGGCGGGAUGGCGUGCUGGCCUCUUUCAUGGAGGCUUUUAGGAAUGUCUGGAUUCUCAUGGCGGGCUGUGCGGGUCUGGCGUUGAUUCACCGCGCGGACAUCGGUUUCGAAAUGGGAUUCGAAUCCAUGAAUGAGGACAAAGCACAGGAGAUGUUGUUGCACAGAAGAAUCACGAGAACUCCUGCAAACACAACUUCAAGAAUUUCGAUUUUCCAUUCCUACAAAUGCACACGCUCUAAGUCUUCUUCGCCCUCUUCGUCGCCUUUUCUGAUUGUACACCAGUCGCACUCGCACCCGCCUCGUCGCCCGCCUUGACCGGCACCCCCGGACUCGCCAGGGUAUCCCUCUCGUCCCGGCUCGCGUUCUUCAAAUCUUCAUCUCCAACCGCCGUGAUCGUACUCGCGAGCCACUUCUGAAACGGCUUGGCGACGAAGACCCCGUCCGCGGUGAACCACGUCGUGUAGGGCGCGCGGAUCUGCCAUGAGCUGGCCGUCGCGCCGGGGCCCGCGGUCGUCGUGACGUCGAGGUAGUAGGUGGGAUCGUGCUUCUUCUGGGAGGAGAGGAUAACGAUCUGAUUGAUCAUGCCGGGAAAAAAAUGGGUCAGCCUGGGCGAGAUCUUCGAAAAUCGUCGCGGUCACACCGAGGACCGAGAAUGAAUUUUCUCUUUUCCACCCAACUUACCUUCUUCCCGUUCUUGCUGCCCUCAAAUACCAGUCCCUUCUCUACCGCCCACAUCCAGUACGUAAAUCCUCCGUUCAGGACCGCAUAUGCU